UUCGGUUCCAACUUCACUCAGUUUCUUGCCGCCAUGAUGAGUCUGUAGAGGCUCUCAACACCUACGUGCUGCAUUUCCAUUCACUUUUCUCUUAUCAACGUAUCGUAACGAGCUUCUCCAUGGAAACCUAACAUCAUCGACGAUUCCUCUUGCGCCAUCGUCAUCCCAUGGCCAGGGUGGACCUAUUCUUGGACGAUGACCACAGCAGCAGGGAAAUGGUGCAACUAUCACCUCAUCUCAUUUACUGGGCCUGCAUCUAGCAUGAGACUGCCGUCUUUUCUUCUCAUUCAUUUAAAAAUGUACCUGCCGAAUCACCCCGGCAGUCCAUACAAUGCCCGCUCCAAUCCACCCAAAACCCCCUCUAGAACCCUACCCAAUCCCCCCACCAACCCAAGCUCCCCUCGACUGGGCCCCGCUCGCUAUCAUCGACCUCUCCAAAUUCGAGGAACCCAACGGUAAACAGGACCUCGCGGCUGAACUCAAAGAUGCAGUGAAACGCUGGGGAUUCUGGACCGUAGUGGGUGCAGGCUUCACCCAGGAGGAACUGGACCGCCAGCUCGCUAUUGGGAAUACGUUUUUCAAGCUCCCGUUAGAGGAGAAGAGGAAGUUUGCUUGUGAUUUCUCCGUUGGGAACUACUUUGGGUACAGAGAGCCAACGCGGUUCGUCAGUCGUACGGAUGUUAAAGAGAAUAUGGAAAUGCUGAACGUGCCCAAGUUUACGCCAGACUAUGCUAGCAUCCCUCAGCAUCAGCUCAUCAAAGCUUAUCACGACGAGAUUGCCCAGUUCCAUCGGAGAGUGUGGGACGAUGUCAUCCGGAAACUGUUUGUCUUGUUCGCGAUAAUAUUGGAGCUGCCGGAGAAUUACUUUGUCGAUCGUCACAGUUAUGAGACGCCAUCAGAAGAUCAUCUCCGCUAUAUGAUUUACCAUCCUCGGACAGUUGAAGAUGACAAGAAGAUUUCAGACCAAUGGACUGCUGGCCAUACAGGCUCUCUUACCCUCCUCUUCUCACAGCCAGUUGCAGCCCUCCAAGUCAAGGAUCCCAAUAACGAGUGGAAAUGGGUCAAGUAUGUCCUAGGCGGCAUAACCUGCAACGCUGCCGACACACUGUCAUUCCUAACCAAGGGAUACAUAAAGAGUACCAUCCACCGUGUCGUCCGUCCACCUCCCGACCAAACGCACCUUGAACGUCUCGGGCUCUUCUACUUUGCACGACCGGGUAAUGACGUACCGAUGGUCCCCGCUCCGAGUCCUGUGCUCUUCCGCGAAGAGUUGGUGACUGAAAAUGAAACAAAGGUCACUGAGGAUUCGGUCAGUGGGUAUGAGUAUGUUCGUGCGAGAGUGAAGAAUGUGCAUGACCGGAAGGCGACACGUAUUGCUGAGAAUAACCCGGAUGCGAUGUUCCAGGUCAAGAACCUGACGGUGCAGGACUAUUACGUCUGA